UUAUAACAGCACGGCGCCUCGAGGGCGGGAUCGCCACCCGUGGGUCCCCCAGCACCGAGGGGCUCCAGUGCUGCGUCUUAACGCGUGAAGCUGCCCAAGUUCACCCGCCAAAGCCAAGGCACAAAGGGACCACAAUGACUCCAACAGCUCCCACAAAAACUACAUUCCCGGGGUGCCGUGAGCAUCUGGACCCCAGAUACCACAGACUCUGUGAUAUGUCUGAAGUCUGGGGCAUCGUCCUAGAAGCAGUGGCUGCCCUGGGGGCUGUGACCACAGUGGGCUUCCUGCUGGCUCUGGUGAUCCUCAUUUGCAAGGUGCAAGACUCUAACAAAAGGAAGUUGCUCCCCACCCAGUUUCUCUUCCUCCUGGGAGUGCUGGGGGUCUUCGGCCUCACCUUUGCCUUCAUCAUCCAGCUGGACCAGAGCACGGGGCCCACACGCUUCUUCCUCUUCGGUGUCCUGUUUGCCCUUUGCUUCUCCUGCCUGCUGGCUCAUACUUUCAACUUGACCAAGCUGGUGCGUGGAAGGAAGCCCCUGUCCAUGCUGGUGAUGCUGGCUCUGGCCGUGGGCUUCAGCCUGGUCCAGGACAUCAUUGCUGUGGAGUACAUGGUCCUCAUCAUGAACAGGACCCACACUGAAGUCUUCCAGCAGCUUCCCGUCCUCCGGCGCCAUGAGGACUUUGUCCUGCUGCUGACCUAUGUCAUCUUCCUGAUGGCCCUGACCUUCCUCGCCUCCUCCUUUACCUUCUGUGGGUCUUUCACUGGCUGGAAGAAGCAUGGCAUACACAUCUUCCUUACCACGCUCCUGUCCAUGGCCAUCUGGGCAGCAUGGAUCACGCUGCUGUGGGUCCCUGCCAUCGGGGACAGAUGGGAAGACACCAUCCUUGCCUCCACCUUGGUGGCCAAUGGCUGGGUCUUCCUACUGGCCUAUGUGAUUCCCCAGUUCCAGCUGCUCACGAAACAGCGGAAUCCCACAGACUACCCUGUUGAUGACGCCUUCUGCAAACCUCAGCUCAUGAAGCAGAGCUAUGGAGUGGAGAACAGAGCCUACUCGCAGGAGGAAGUCACCCACGGACUUGAGGAUCUGGGUGACACCCUGUAUGCCCCUUACUCGACCCAUUUUCAGCUGCAGAAUCGGACCUCCCAGAAGAAUUUCUCCAUCCCACGGGCCCAGGCCAGCCCUUACAAUAACUAUGAGGGAAGAAAAGAGGGCAGUUAAUUCUGUUCUGAAGAGUGGGGCGAACACAAGAAGUCAGCAGAACCAGUGGGGAGCUCAAGGGAUGUGGGUGAAGUCUAGAGUCUUCUCAGGAAACCCCACAGACCGUUCCUGGGAGAGCUGGCCCCCCCGCCGGCUGGGCCUUCAUCCUUCUGCUCUGGACUUGACAUUGGCUGGUGGGCGCUGCUUCUCAGCAGUGGAGUUUCUUCUUUUAUCCUAAUCUAAGAUCCUUCUUUUAAAAGGGGCCUCAGGGGAGCCUGUUAGCUUUCCUGUCCUCCUACCUGUGACCAAAACCCAGGUGUCCCACCUGGGGGCCCCUCACUCAGGCUUUCAGGAGGUCAAUCGUUCAGCCAGCAAUGCUGACGCACGGCUGGGUUUUCACGGUUCACUGGGCCCACAGCAGAACUGCAGAUCUGGGCCCAAACAGCUCAGGCCUGUCCCUCAGCCCAUCCCGCCCGAGAAUACACUGGAAGCCAGGUUCCCGGCACCCUUCUCUCUCUCUCGUUGGUGGGAGGCUGAAGGCGCCCCCACUGGCUCGUCUCUGAGGAGUUGCUGAACACGGGGCCUCUUCGGGGCCCUGGCAGCUCCUCCAGGUCACCCCUCCAUGCCCUCUUCCUGCACUGGCUGCCCUCUCAGACCUCAUCUCCCCUCCAUGCCUUACCAGGAGUUCUUCGGGACCUCACGGGCCUGGACAGCCCUUUUCUCUUUGCCAGGAGAAUCCAGGCACUGCCCUUGCUACAUGUCCUCACCCAGAGUCCUCUGUCUCCCCUUGCCCUCUGUGAAGAGGCGGACACGCUGUCCACCUCCUGCCUUCUGUCCGUGGACUUGUGUAUCACGGGUUGGGGAGGGGGUUGGGGGGGACAUUGUAUGAUAAGUUAUUCACUGCUUCUCCCUGGAGAUGCAAUAAAGAUGUGGUGGCGAAUCGCUCACGGUGGCCACAGGGCACGAGGCCGGGCAUCGGGCGCGAGGGUGG